GAUUCGUCACACCGCACAGAUAGACCUCACACGAAGCCUCCCAAAUCAGCAGACAUCGGCACUUCACCGCCAUCACCCCCCGUCUCCCUCCUCCGCUCUGCGGAAUUUGCAUGCAUGCGCCAAUAGAUCGACCAAACCCACAAGCCUCCACUCACACGGCUCGGCGUCCGCGGGCAGCAGAAGCAGCCAUGGCCUCCCCGCCGCCAUCCAGGAAGUUGUCGCCGCCCGCCUCACGGCCGCGGCCCGUGGCCAAAAGCCCCCCUCGCCGCCUCUCCCAUCCCCCGCCUCAUCCACGGCCACGGCCGCCGCCGCAGCGCCAGCACCUCCACGGGCAGCAGCACAAGCAGCAGGGACGCGCGACGACGUCCUCCGCGUGGAGCGUCGGGUCCAUGAGCGCCCGGCUCUCGCAGCGCACCCCCGUGCUCGGCCUCCGCGCCUGGGUCCUCGUUGCCGCGGGAGGCGCCGCGGUCGCCCUCGCCGUCCUCCUGCUCGCCGUCUGCCUCUGCCGCUGCCGCCGGCGCCGGCGCCGGUGCCCCCGCGUCGCCCCUAGCCUGCACCACACCAGCGCGAGGUCUCUCAAGCACCGCGCGCGCCAGGCCAUGGCGGAAGAACAUGCCGCCGCCGACGUCGAGGAGCCGCCCGUUCGCUGGCACCCAGCGUCGCCGCCUCCGCCGUUCCAGCCACCGUUCCAGCCUCCGAUAGAGGUCAUCAAGGCGGAGCAGGAGGCGCCGCUGAUUGCGGUGGAGUCCGCGAGGACCAGCGGCGAGACGGCGAGUAGCAGCGGAGGCGGGAGCGCACGCGAGUGGAGCACCGACAGCGGCGGCUGUGGCGGCGACGACGCGGAGCCCGAGGCGGCGCGGCGCGGAUGGGGCCGGCGGUACACGCGCCGGGAGCUGGAGGAGGCCACCGACGGGCUCGCCGCCUACAACGUGCUCGGGGAGGGCGGUUACGGGGUGGUCUACAAGGGCGUGCUCCGGGACUCCACCGCCGUCGCCAUUAAGAAUCUGCACAACAACAGGGGCCAGGCCGAGAAAGAUUUCCGGGUGGAGGUCGCGACGAUCGGGCGAGUUCGGCACAAGAAUCUCGUCAGCUUGCUUGGCUACUGCAGCGAGGGAGCCUGCAGGAUGCUUGUUUAUGAGUACAUGGAGAACAGUAACCUGGAUAAGUGGCUGCAUCAUGACGACAGCGAAGUUAGCCAGCUGAACUGGGAUACAAGGAUGCACAUACUUCUCGGAACAGCUAAAGGGUUGGCCUACCUUCACGAAGGGCUGGAGCCUAAGAUCGUGCACCGCGACGUCAAGUCCAGCAACAUCCUCCUGGACGGGCAGUGGAACGCCAGGGUCUCGGACUUCGGGCUCGCCAAGCUCCUCUGCUCCGAGAGGUCCUACGUCACCACCCGCGUCAUGGGGACCUUCGGGUACGUGGCGCCCGAGUACGCGAGGACCGGGAUGCUGAACGAGCGGAGCGACGUGUACAGCUUCGGGGUGCUGGUCAUGGAGAUGAUCACCGGGAGGACCCCGAUAGACUACACGAGGCCGACCGCGGAGGUGAACCUGGUGGAGUGGCUGAAGCGGAUGGUGGCGGAGAGGAGGGUGGAGGAGGUGGUGGACCCGAAGCUGCCGGAGCCGUGGCCGCCGUCCAAGGUGCUCAAGCGCGCCGUCCUGGCCGCGCUCCGGUGCGUCGACCCCGACGGCGGCCAGCGGCCCACCAUGGGCCACGUCGUGCACAUGCUCGAAGACGACAUCAGAUUCAGAGACGAGCUCCAACUUGCGAGGGAUCUGUCGCCUCACGCGUCGUCGUCGGGCAGCUACGAGCGCGAGGAGUGAACGCGACGGACGGACGGAAGGACGAGCGGCUCGUUGCGAUUGCGAAUAAGAGCUAAUUAAUGUUCGUGCACAAGUCGAUCGAGCCUCUUUCCUUCUUCGGCUGGUGUUUAUUUCCAGGGCAGCAAAGCAAUGGUCGGCCGAAGACUAUUAGCACUGGCACUACGCUGCGCCCACUGCCAAUAUUUAGUAAACAUAACAGGUUCUUUAUAUGAUCAACACAAAGGAAGUACGUUUAUGCUUCAAACUCCUUGCGAGAUGUCACGUCCUUGUUUGGUAGUAUUACUACUGGUGUUUGGUCUAUGCUCCUUUAGUUGUUGCUCCUCUAUGUACGAAGCAGCUCAUUCAAUUCCAGCUCAAUGCCCGCGUGGCCGCCAUCA